AGCGGAAAUUUAAACGGCGGCGGCGGGGGAGAGCGGGGCUGUGCUGGGGGGCUCGGGACCGAGCGGAGCCUCCCAGCCAUGGCGGGCCCCGUCACCGCCACCACCACCGGGCGGCCGCUCCGUGGGAAGUCCUUCUACCUGGACGUGCCGAGCGGGCGGGCGGCGCGGGACCUGGCGGCGGCCAUCAGGCACCUGGGCGGGGUCACCGAAAGCUUCCUAAGCAAAGAAGUCAACUACGUCGUGUCCAGUAACAAAGAGGCCAAACGAGACAAAGCUGGGACUAGGACUGAGAAAAGGAGCAACACAACGUCAGCGGAUGCAAAAGCCAAGAGCCCGAUGCCUUCUACCUCCAAGGGGAAUCAUACCAGACUUCAGCAGAAGCCACCAGACACAGCUGUGAUCAGCAGGGGAAAGGAGCUGCUGCAGAAGGCCAUGAAGAAUCAGGACACCUGCAGUGGCAGCAGUAUCCUCGCCAAUGCUCGAUUGUGGGGAGUCCAGAUCUUGCACGUGGAUGAAAUGUUGUUGUAUGCUCAACAGCUGCUGCGUGCCAUCUCAGGAUCGAGGAAGCAGAGCCAGAAGACAGAGGCGAAAUGCCUUGCAUCUGGAUCAAAAAUUCACAAAGGUCUGUACUCAGAUAUGUGUGCUAAGCAUAGCGUUAUCACUUGUGAGUUGAACAGACCUGCAAGGCAAGAGGGGCAAGCAGGAAAACUGAAGCCCCCUUUUCUGAAGGUUGAAGACCAGAGCAGGCAAUUCCGGCCCUUCCACCACCAGUUUAAAAGCUUUCCUGACCUGAACUUCCUGGCACCCAAAAGUUCCAGCCCAUUCGAGCCUCUGAAAAACCUCUCAAAUUCUUGCAGAGCCAGGGGUGUGGAGGGCUGUCCGAUGCACAGCAACGGGGAGAAGAGCCCCCAGUCCACGCCUGUCACUGUGCCAAAGAAGAAGAGGGGGUUUUGUGAGUGCUGCCGAGAGACAUUUGAAGAGCUGCAAAAGCAUCUCCAGAGCCCCCAGCACAAGCGGUUCGCCCUGGACGACUCGCGGUACGCCCCUGUGGAUCGUGUCAUUUCGCAGCUCACCAAUGACUUUGUGGAGCAGCCAGCCAAGGUGCCGCCGUGCUGCCUGACAGAUGAACACUUAAUGCCUCGAGCACAAGUUACUGGAGGAAUUGAGAAGCUGACAGCAGAGCUGGGAAAGGAAAGCCAGCAGCCUGAGCAGGGUGCUGUGGAUCUGUUUGAUGCAGAGCCUGAUCCUGGCCUGAAGAUCAAGGAAUGCUCCUCUGGCCUGCCCAGGGACAGGGUCAGUAACCCCAGAGAAGAGGGGGGAUUGUCUGAGAACUGCUCCUUGGGGCUGUCUGUCAGAGCAGGACUCACUGCAGGGGUCUGUGCUGCACGUGCUACCACGGAGGAGUUUGCUGUGGUGGGGGAUACGGACUCAGACUUGGCUCCUGAGUUUGCCUGGGGCACUUGUGUAGCAGCCAGUCAUGUCGGAGGGGCAAUCGCUUCUUCCUCUGAACCCGAUAACCAGCAGGUGCUCGGGUCUGUCAGCCAUCUUCCACAAGCACUGCCUGUCUCCAGGAAACGCCAGCUCUCCCCCAGUCAGAGCACCCAGGUGGGAAAGAAGCCCAGGCUGGAGCUGGGUGGUGGCUGCUCGCUGUGUGAGCAGGCAAGCCCAGUGGGUGGUGGGAUGGGUGUGCAGGGUGCAGGACAGACGCCUGAGCCAGGCUUGCCUGGUGUGGAGGCUGGCAGCUGGCCCCUAAGCACAAAGCUCUCCACCAGGCCUCAUCACCCUCCUGUUUUGGAUCUGUGCCUUCAUGGGAACCCUGUGGACCCUGCAUCACAGCCAGGUUCCCUUAAAGCCCUGCCUGUGGGGUUUGAUCCCACAGAGACUGCUGUAGUGAGCACUGUCAGCAAGCAUGGCUGGAGCAGAGGGAACAUGAGUUCCCAUGGGAAGCUUGGAGGGGAGAAUGGAAAUACACCCAGGAAUGUGCUCAGUCCUGCUCUGGAGUCCACAAUGAGCAAGAGCAGCUGUCCUGCUGGCCAGUCGCCCUCUGCAAAACUGCCUGUGGCUGAAGCCAGAUGUUGCUGCUCCCUCUGUGUCAAAACAGGAGAAAAAAUAGCCCCUGAACUACCCAGCCUCCCCAGCCACAGCAAGGAACAGACUCCGUGCCCUGGGCUCCUUCACCGUCUUCCAUGUAACACACAGGCUGAUGAUAACUUCAGGAACAGUUCUUCAGAGUCAGACUGGGAUGUCCAGCUGCUCUCCACACUAACGGGCAUCCAAGACAGCAGGACUCGGGCUGUGGACAGGGAUUUGCUCCAAAGGACGCACAUCAAUGUGAGGGACAGUGGAUACGAGUCUCAGCUCUGCUCAGUCCUGAAGCAGAAUUCGGAUUUUGAGUGGGCAGCCAAAGGUGACAAGAGCUGCCGGAACUACUGCACAGAGACCAAAGAAGCCCCCCUCCCUAUAUUUGAGACCUUUUUUGGCAGCUGGACAAGUUAAAACCACCUCCUGGCAGUUCUCCGGUCCCUUAAUGGGAGCUGCAGAGUGGCUGGAAAGGGAUUUAACAAGGCACCCUCGCUGUUAGGGCCAGCUGGGAGCUGGAGUGAGGAUGGUGCCUGCACAGCCUCCUCCAGACAGCCUGGGCUGAGCCCAAGGGAUUGAGAUGUGCCAACACCUCUCCGGUGCAACGCGUCUCUGUCCAGCGCUGCCUUCCCUAGGCUCUGACAUCUUCUUGCCUGAUUCCCUGGAGGAAAGACACCAGCGGCUGCAAGUCACAGCCCGGCUCCUCGUGGCUGCAUUUCACUGGAUGUGUGAGGAAGCACCACAGGCAGCUUCAGGUAGGGUAGGGUGACACGUGUCCUCCUCGUGCAGGCAUUCAGAUCUGAAACUGUUGGGAUCUGCUGGGUGCUGCAGUGAUUUCACUGUCCUCAGGGGCUGGGAUCUUCCCUCCUCUUACUUGUAGCUGGUAGCUUCCUUCUUUAACUCCUCACCAGGCUGCUGACAAGGUGGUCUGUCUCUGGUGGUACGUCUUCAGCAGGAAUAGGCUCUUUGCCCAACGAGAUUCAGGGCAUGGCCUGUUCCCCCUUCCACGCUGUCUUUGGGGUUGCAGAGAUGGGGAGGAGGAGGGCUGUGGCAGUGAGAUCUGUGUUCUUGUGGUUUGGGGCUGCGUUGGAUGUCUUGAGUGUUUACGGAUGUUUGUAGCUGGUAAUAAGCUGACUUUUUAAGUGAACUUUUAAACUUUUAAAUAAAGUGAAAGAGAUACUCUUCUGCUGUA